GCGCUUCGAUUACCGCCCAAAACCUGACCCUUACUGCCAGGCUCGUUACACCUUCUGUCCCACUGGCUCUGCCGUUCCAGUUAUGAAGGAAGAGGAUGUCAUUGAAGUGUAUCGAUUGCAGGCUCCAGUAUGGGAGUUCAAAUAUGGAGACCUGCUCGGACAUUUGAAAAUUAUGCAUGAUGCUGUGGGUUUCAAGAGCUCUCUAACGGGCAGAAACUACACAAUGGAGUGGUAUGAGCUCUUCCAGCUGGGUAACUGCACAUUUCCACACCUCCGGCCCGGCAUGGAUGCCCCAUUCUGGUGUAACCAGGGAGCUGCCUGCUUUUAUGAAGGAAUAGAUGAUGCACACUGGAAGCAAAAUGGAACUUUAGUUCUUGUGACCACCAUAUCAGGAGCCAUGUUUAAUGAAAUGGCAAAAUGGGUAAAACACGACAACGAGACUGGCAUUUACUACGAGACCUGGACAGUUAAAGCAAGUCCCGACAAACACUCCGUGGUAUGGUUUGACUCUUACGAGUGCUCUAAAUUUAUACUGAGGACAUACCAGAAGCUGGCUGACUUAGGAGCUGUAUUUAAGAAGAUACAAACCAACUAUACAAGCAUAAUUUUAUUCAGUGGAGAACCUGUUUAUUUGGGAAACGAAACGUCUAUUUUUGGCCCGCGAGGAAACAAGACGUUGGCAGCAGCUCUGAGGGAAUUCUACUCUCCGUUCAAACCUCAUCGGGCAGUCAGAGAGUUUUUUGUGGAUCUUUUAAAAAUAAUCGAUCGUGUCGUCUUGAAUCAGCAGUUUUACCUCUUCUACAACUUGGAAUACUGGUUUUUACCUAUGAAGUUCCCUUAUCUCAAAAUAAUUUAUGAAGAGGUCUCGUUACCUGUUGGAAGCAAGACAUCCUUUGGGGUGUAA